AUGAAACAAACACUUGAACAGUUAAAUUCUACUGUAUUCACAACAAAUGACAUUCCUUUACCUGUUGAAGAUGAUGAAGACAUAGCCUAUUACAAUCCAUAUACAAAAUUUGUAUUCCAAACCGGUAAUGGUAUUCCUGCUACAACUAGAAAAUACAUCUCUUUUCGAGGAUGUUUGUAUUUGACAAAUUAUAGGUUAAUUUAUAGGCCCGACCAUGUGACUGAAAGUUUUAGUUCGUUUUCCGUUCCCAUUUCUAAAUUGUUUUUUCAAGAACAAGAAAAUAAAAUCGAUUUUAUAGUAGAAAAUAAUUUUAUGGCCUCUAUAUUUUUAUCAUUUGAAGAUUCUGACUCAAUGGUUUUUUAUAACUGUUUAAGAGAAAUGUUAAAGAGUGUACUUUUCAAGCCUAUAUGUAUAGAAGAAGAAACAGAAUUAAAUGAAGAACCCCCUUUAUAUUCUGAAUUAUAUGAAUAA